AUGCUUGUUGCUAUAGAUGUUGACGAAGAAAGUGAUACAUUCUGUCAGAUUCUGUCCAAAUGCGUGCUUCCAUACGUUGGUGAUGAAGUACAUCAUACUGGAUGGAAUGCAUGCUCGUCUUGUCAUGACAAGCCCUCUGCCAAGAGGACCCAUAUAAUAUUGCCAUGCUUAAACUCGAGUCGAAUUUACUUUGUCAAUGUUGAAGACGAAAGAAAUAUUCGGCUGGACAAGAUAAUCAGUCCAGAAGAGCUUCAAAACUACAAUGCCUCAUUCCCCCAUACUUGUCAUUGCCUAGCAGACGGUAACAUCAUGAUCAACACAUGCGGAGAUGGGAAUAAUAAUAAUAAAGGAAACUUCCUCCUAAUUGAUGGGAAAACUUUCGAGCCGAAGGAUUGCUAUCUAGAAGAUAGCAAAAGUGUACCGUUCAGUUACGAUUAUUGGUAUCAACCUCGUCGUGACGUAAUGAUCUCUUCGGAAUGGGGCAGCCCGAAACGGAUCAAAGAAGGCUUCGAUCCGACUGAUUUGGCAAAAGGCAACUAUGGCCACUCCGUGCACGUUUAUAAGUGGUCAACCCACGAGAAGUUGAAAACAAUAGAAUUACCGAUAUGCGAUGGGGCACUUCCAUUUGAAGUAAGAUAUUUUUUAUUCAUUUACUGUUUAACAGCACAUAAGCUAGCCGUCCAAAUUUGCUCUUCUGCCGCAGUUGUGCCAGAGCCGCUCCAACGCCGUGUCGGCGCUGUGCCAAUCCGUGCCAAGGCUGUAGAGCGCUGCAUAUGUCUGACUUCUGCAAGCUCUUGUUUUGCUGGAUCAAUUCAAGCACGAUCCGACGAGUCCUUAUGCAUUUGUAGGAUGCGCUUUGGGCUCAAGCAUAUUCUUACUGAAGCCUGA